AUGUCCACACAUUUAUACGACGCACUCGUUAUUGGCGCCGGGUUUGGGGGAAUCUACCAACUAUUCUCCCUCCUCAAGCUCGGGCUGACGGUCAAGCUGGUGGAAAGGGCCGGAGGACCCGGAGGAACAUGGUAUUGGAACCGCUAUCCGGGCGCGACAAGUGAUACCCCUUCUCAUCUGUAUCGUUAUUCCUGGGAUAAGGAAGACCUCCAAUCAUACCCUUGGUCUCAUAACUACCUGGAGAGAAAGGAUGUUCUCGCCUACCUGGAACAUGUUGUGGACCGCCACGACUUGCGCAGGUAUAUGCAAUUUCAUACGGAGGUCGUCUCCGCGAGAUGGAACGAAGACAACUGUACGUGGACUGUGGAAUCUAACCAGGGUUCUUUCAUGGCUCGCUAUCUCAUCACGUCUCUCGGUAUUGUCACGGAGCCGAAUUGGCCGAAUAUCCCCGGGCGGGAUCAGUUCCAGGGCAGUUUGUACCAUACUGCUCGGUGGCCAGAUCAGUAUGAUCUGAAAGGCAAGAGGGUCGGAGUGAUUGGGAAUGGAUCGUCUGGUGUGCAAGUGAUCACUGCAAUUGUCCAAGAUGUCGAGUCCUUGGUCUGUUUCCAACGACAUCCCCAGUACAUCGUUCCCGCUGGCAAACGAGCCGUCUCGCAGGAGGAGCGCGAUGAGAUUAACAAGGCCUACGAUGGGAUAUGGCAGAAAGCAAGACAGGAGAUUGGAGGAAUGGGCGUCGAAGAGGCCAAGGCGAGUGCGUUGAGUGUCGUGGACGAGGAGCGCGAGCGGAUCUACCAAGCCGCCUGGGACGACGGAGGAGCCUUUCGAUUCCUCCUGGGUACAUUCAAUGAUCUAAUUCUUAAUGAAGAAUCCAACCGAACGGCAUGCGACUUCCUGAAGAAGAAAAUCCACCAGAUUGUGCAGAAUCCAGAGAAGCGCCGCAAACUAAUCCCGAGCGAACUCUACGCCCGCAGGCCGGUCUGUGCCGAUGGCUACUACGAGCAAUUCAACCGGGAGAACGUCGAUGUCGUCGACAUCGCGGAGAAUCCCAUGCUCAAGUUUACCCGCAAUGGGAUCAAGCUGGCCGAUGGAACUGAACACACGCUGGAUGUCAUUAUUUGUGCCACGGGUUUCAAUGCAUUCGACGGGGCUUACAGAAGAAUUAAUAUCAUCGGGCGGAAAGGGAAAGCAUUAAAAGAACACUGGAAAGACGGACCGAUCACGAAUAUGGCGGUUGCAACAGCAGGAUUUCCGAAUCUCUUUAUGAUAGUUGGGCCUCAGGCUCCCCUGACUAAUGUGCCCCCAGCCAUUGAAGCCCACGUUGAGUUCAUUACCAGGGCCAUAUCGCGUGCGGAAGAACAUCGCAGGGAGCAGAGUACUUUGCUGUCUCCGGAUAAGAGUGUAAUCGAAUCCACAGAGGGAGGGGAAGCCGCAUGGGGUGUAUUGUGCAAUGCUAUCAGCGAGGCGGCGCUGUUUAGAACAGCGGCAUCGUACUUUAAUGGCGUGAAUAUCGAUGGUAAGCCACGGUCUGUGUAUAUCUUCAUAGGCGGAUUAAAUAUGUUUCUACAGAAGCUGAAGGAGUGUGAGGAGAGUGAAUACUCUUCUUUUCAUCCGUUCUAGACCUGCG